UUGUCCAGCAAAAUGGCGGACGUGAGAUCUGCGUUCAUUUUCUCAAUAUGCAUUGUCACCGUCUUCAGCAAAACGGUAGACCCUGAAAACUUCUUCGAUGAUUUUACCCAGGGUGCACCUCUUCGGUAUGUCAUCAACUUGACUAAUUGUAUGCCAUCCCCUCCAUUUGGUCCCAAAAUGGAAGAUACGUUCAUCAGUGACGUCAUUUCCGGUGGAACGCUAUCCUCAGCUUCACAUGCCACAUGGAAUUUGAUGCUGGGAAAUGAGAAGUACAUCAACGGCAACAGAUACAACCUAACCGCGGUAUCACCAUUGAGAGUAACAAGCAUCCCGAUGUCAGAUCAAGUUCAAGCCUACGUUUACGUGUACGACCUUGACCCAAGGUCAUGGAAGAGGUUAGCUGUUCAAGACAUCAUCUGUUUUACAGGUCAGCGAAAGAGUGAGAUCGCCUUCGUUACCACCAACCAAUCGAAGACGCCGCUCUACACGUACACCGACGUCAGCGCCACCUUGUUGUCGGGAGGGGAGACAACUUUCUCUUUCAACAUCGACGGAAAGUCACCGGAUGACCAAUUCAGUUAUGUGGUCGGCAGAAUUGAAGAAUUCAGUUUUAUUGACAAUGACAUCGUGUUCAGUAUCGACAUACCAAACGAACUUUGGGUUUCGGUGUACCGUGCACGACUGUCACGUGACAAUCACGUGACAUUGACGUCGUAUCAAGUUAACCGGAAGUCAUCUUCAAGUGACAUAAUGGGGACGUACAACGGAUCGAUCGAGAGUCAAGGAUCGUAUCGUAUAUACAGCCUAAACUGACAAUACAUGGCCACGACUUCACAGUUACCUCACUUUCUGUCUGAUAUUCUGUAAAUAAAGGCUGCUGGAGUUGUUGUCGGCA